AUGCUGACUAACGACAUAGGACAUCAUUUAAUGCUAUGCCGAGCAAUGAUUCCAAGACACCUGAAACUCAUUCCCAGUGUUUAUGGCAAUAGACUGUUAUCGGGUUACAAACCUAAAAGCAACGUGCAGGAUUCUUACAGAAUUCUUGAGCUGCAGGAAGGAUGCUCUCUUGACGACAUCAGGAAUUCAUACCGAAAUCUUGCCAAAAAAUACCACCCAGACAGCGGUUCUGCCACAGCUGACACUGAAGCAUUUAUGAAAGUGGAAGAAGCAUAUCGGAUUGCGCUUGAUGAUGUGGCAAACAAAAAGAAAUGCGCUGAGGAUGAAGAGGAAGACCAGUUCAAAUCAAAAUCCCUCCAGCACAGGCACUACUUGAGUUUUGAAGGGGUUGGCUUUGGGAUGCCGAGCCAGAGACAAAGGCAGUACAUGCAAUUUCGAGUAGACCGUGCUGCCGAGCAAGUGCUGGAGUACCGGAAGCAGAGGCUUGAAGGCCAGAGUGCUGUGACUGAUCUCAUGAAAGCCAAAGAUGUGAGACAGAGCAAAAAGGUGAAAAUAACUCAAGCAAUGGAACGGUUGGUUGAGGACCUUAUCCAGGAGUCAAUGGCUAAAGGAGACUUUGACAACCUCAGCGGUAAAGGAAAACCUUUGCAGAAAUUUUCCGACUGUCCGCACAUUGAUCCUAUGACUCACAACCUGAACAGGAUUCUGAUAGACAAUGGCUACCAGCCAGAAUGGAUCCUGAUGCAGAAAGAAAUACGAGAAACGAUAGAGCAACUAAGAAAGGGCAUAGUGGCAUCUAGGAAUAAGCUCGGAGGGCCGAUGACACCGUACAGGGAGAAGCAAUGGAGCCGUGUUUGUGAGCAGUUCACAGAAGAUAUCCAGAAGCUGAACAAAAGAAUCGACAGCUUCAAUUUAGUUGUUCCCCUUCUAAGCAGGCAAAUGGUGCACUUUAAUGCAGCCAGAGAAAUUGCACGAGCACAAAAGACUUACGAAGCUCUGGCGGAAAGCAGGGAGGCUUCUAAUUCAGACACGAAGGAAGCUGAGCAGAAAGAUGUUAAAAGGUUUGGGUUGAAGUCUUCUUUGUUUAAGUGGCUAAAUCUUAUCUUGAAGUAGGAUUAUAAUAAUUUGCCUUGUGAAGAUUUUGA